CAGGUUAUGACAUGUACACUUGUGUGUGUGUGUGGCUCAGGAUGUUGCUGCUCCUUGUUUCCAUAGUAACGGCGUGGUCAUCACAGCUGCAGCAGCUCUCAGACAGAAAUAGAACCUCACAGAAUGUGUCAUGGCCGACGCUCGCUCACAGACAACAACUGUGCACGCGCUUGCCAACGCCAACGCCAACGCGACCUCUGCGGCGGCUCAGGUCGCCACGGUGAUUGACUGGUUGACCUUCAGUGUCGGGCUCCCCGUCAUCGCCAUGGCUAUUUACGUCCUGAAGAAUGUGUCCUCAGGAGGAAAUAAAAUUCCCAUCCAUGUCAUUUUCCUCCUGGUCUCUGACAUCAUCAGUUUCUUGGGUCGUCCCCGCGUAGACCAGGACGUGGACCAGGACGUGGACAGCGGCACCGUCGUCUCCUCCAGCUCCACCGACUUCAUCUUCUACUUUGGAGUCAUCUCUAACAUCACCCUGAUGUCCUUCAUAGCCCAGAAGCUUCACGUCUCCGUGGUCUACCCUCAGUGUCUCGGCUGCUGCGCCAGCGUCCGCCGCUCCCCCGUGGUCGCCUUGGCGGCGUGGGCGGUGCCACUGAGCGUCCUGGCUCUGGCGGUGCUGGAGUACGAUUUCUGGUUUGCCGUGGCUCUGCUCGUCCCGUUCCCCUUCCUCCUCUUCUUCACCGUGGACUCCUGGCGAGCCCUGACCUGCUCCACGUCCAACCGCCCAACACCGGCACGCAGGAGGACGGUGUUGGCGAUUGGUGCAAUCUGGGCCAACUACACCGUCCUGUACGGUCCCUUCAUCCUCAGCGUCCUGCUGCGGGCUCUGUCCUUCAAGGACGCUGUGCGUUACUUGGAGCUGGUGUCUCACCUGCUGCUCUACCUCAGUCCUCUGGUCGACCCGUUCAUCUACAUCUUCAUGACCAAAGGCUUCAAAGAGGUUCUGCAGGCUCUGCCCUGCUGCCAAAGACCGGACCAGCAGGAGGACACGAGGACGACUGUCAACACUGUGGCUGAGACUGUGGACACUGUGGACACUGUGGCUGAGACCAGGUUUUGAAAAGGACACAUCUAUCAGUCCAGUUGAAACCACGUGUUGACUCUUGUCUCAGGUACUGAGACUUCAUAAACGGAGAAUGUUUCUGUCCCCAAGAAAAGAUCUAGCAGAAGA